AUGUCAGCGGUGCCUGACGAAAAGCUGGUCCGAAGCCCCAGUGGAUUACGCAUGGUCCGGAGAACGGGGCCUUUAGCAGUCCGUUUUCGCCUGGACGAGCCCCAGUGGGUUCCGGAUAAAGAGUGCCAUAGAUGCAUGCAGUGUGACACAAAGUUUGACUUCAUCACCAGAAAGCACCACUGUCGGCGUUGUGGCCGGUGUUUCUGUGAUAAGUGUUGCUGUAAGAAGGUGGCCUUGCCUCGCAUGUGUUUUGUGGAUCCAGUCAGGCAGUGUGGGGAGUGCAGCCUCAUCUCUCAAAAGGAAGUGGAGUUCUACGACAAACAGCUCAAGGUGCUCACUGCUGGCAGCACAUUCGUGGUUAUUGUAGGCUCCUCUGAGAAACCCGAGACCAUGAUGUGCCGUCUGUCCAACAACCACAGGUAUCUGUUCCUGGAUGGAGACAGUCACUUUGAGGUGGAGUUGUCCCGGAUCUCCACCAUGCAGGUGCUGACGGAGGGCUCAAGCCCCGGAGGGAAAGAUAUUCACUCUUACACCACCCUGCUGGACAGUCAGUAUAUGUCUGAAGGGGGCGUGUUACGUGCCGCCGGGAUGCUGCUGCAGCACCAGCCGCCAGGCUCCCAGGAAGUCCUGCAGGUCCGCCUGGAUGCCGACGAUGACAAGAGGACCGCCUCCACCUGGCUCUCUGCCAUGCAUAAGGCUGCCAAACUGCUGUAUGAGUCCAGGGACCAGUGAGGGCGGUUCCCCCGAGCCACACGGGGUCGCUGGAGGUGUAGAGAGACGUAUUUUAUGUUAUUGAGUCUCACAUCUACUCUGAGAAGGUUCCAUACUUUCUAUUGGACGUUUCUGCUUUCCUCUUACUGUCUGGAUGGUUUGGAUUGGUCACCUGACCUGUUUGUUCCCCCCAGUAAGGAGAACCAAUGUUAAUCAUUGAGCCUAGUGCAAUAUAAAUAUAUAGACAUGUGCACAAAGUGUAGUAUCACAUAUGGAUUUUUUCUAAAAUAAUAAAAAAGUCAUAUAAUCCUAUUUUAACACAAAAGCUAUGUAUGUACUUUAUACUGAUGAUAUCCUCACAAUACUUUUUGUAACCCUUUGUAAAUGUUUUCUGCCAUUACACUACACCAGACACUCUGUGCUUUUCACAUGUGCGUUUGGAGUUUUGUGUGUGCACAUAACCCUUUCUCUUCAGCACACCAUCGUGGUGCGCUGGCCUCCCAUUCUUCCAUGCAGGUUUAUAAGGUUUAAUAGUAAUGAAGUUUAAACACUAAAGUUCAGCUUUCUGAAGUCCACACAUAUAAACUAAUCUUCCAGGACUAAACUAAAGAGCAAGUAAAGAAUCCCCGUUCAAACGGAUUUAAUCCAAAACUAACGUUAUGUUGUUAACCCUAAGAGAGAAGCAACAUUAAAAAAAAAUCUCUAAUAGAUUGUGUCAUAAAAUGUCAGACAAACUUGGAGAGUUUAUUCCACUGACCACGUUAACUGAGUCUGGGAACUCUACAGUUCUGCUGAGCAACUUUGUUUUGCGUCAUUUCAGUUUCAUACACAAGGCUUCCUUCCUGAAUCCAUGCUCAUUGUUCCAGGGAAAGACAUCCCAGGUAAUUCCACCGGCACCUCUUUUCCAAGCCAAUAUUUGUCCUCCAGUGAUUUUGUAAUUGCUUACAAAUCUGCAUGUUUCUUUUUCUUGGUUUUGUUUGUUUGUUUUUUUGUUUGUUUGUUUGGACAGUAUCUGCUAAUGCUGAUUAAAUCAGUUCUUUGUAACCUGUAUAAUUGUCUCAAUUUUUUUACAUAUAUAUAUUUUUUACUUUCUCUAUGAACGUUCUCAGGUUAUACACAACAAAGUAGCACUUGGUGCUUCAUAUUCAAAUAAAACGGUGUGUGAUUAUCAA